AUGCAGUCGUAUUUGACUCAUAAACGUUUUGGGAGGUUAACCGAAGCGCAAUUCGAGAGGGAUAGAUUGAGGGCUGAGGCGCUGGAGAGGGGGAAUAAAGAUGUGCAAUCUGGGAAUUUGAAUUUGGAUUUGGAUGUGAAUGUGAAUGGAAGGGAUGUGUCUGGAGGGUUUCGCUCUUCUUCUUCUUCCUCCUCCUCCUCCUCUGAUAAUACAGGAUCCCCAGCUUCGGAGCUUCAUACGCACGAUAUUGAGAAAGUAGAGAGAGGGAUAUCAAAUACCCCUUCACUAGAUUCUUACACUGAAGAAAAUCAAGGUAAAGAGAGAGAUGAUGUAGAACAAGAAGAAGAACAAGAUGAUGAAAAUGGAAACGCGAGAUCAGAAACCCUUGAUCGGAUGGCUACUCGAGCGACGGCCCACACAACGCGCAGUUUUGGAACACGACUGGUAUAUAUAUUGACGGGAAUCGAAGUACGAGAAUUAUCUGAACAAUUAACGAGGACGCGGACUGCAUCAAAAUCCAAAUCGAAAUCUAAAUUGCAAAAAACGCCCCACGCGAAUGAUGCGGGGAAUGAAAAACAAGGUGAGAGAGAAACGGUUUUCGUAGUCGGAUAUGAAGGCUCCAAAGAUCAGAUGAAUCCGCAUAAUUGGUCGCUAAUGCGUCGAGGGUUCUGCACCAUCAUGAUUGCAUCGAUUGGAUUUACAGUCGGGUUUGCAUCGUCGAUUGAUAGCGCGGCGUUGACGCAGGCGGCGGAGGACUUUGGGGUGAGUGAGGUGGCGGAAUCGUUGGCGACGGGACUGUUUCUUGUGGGAUUUGGAUUGGGGGCUUUGUUUGCUGGACCAAUAUCCGAAACCAUCGGCAGAAACCCCGUCUACAUAUCCACCCUCUUCAUCUACAUGAUCUGGAUCAUGGCUUCCGCACUCGCCCCCAACCUCACCACCCAACUCAUCUUCCGAUUCCUCGCCGGGUUUUUCGGUUCCACCCCCCUCACCUGCGCCGGAGGUUCCAUCUCCGAUCUCUGGUCUCCCAUGGAGCGCGUGUAUGCCUUUCCUGUCUUCGCCAACGCCGCUUUCAUGGGCCCCAUCUUCGGCCCCAUCGUCGGAGGCUUCAUCGGACAAUCUUCACUCGUGAGCUGGAGAUGGUGCGAAUGGAUUACGUUGAUACUUUCCGGAGCCAUCCUCCUCCUCAUCACACUUUUCCAACCCGAAACCUUCGCCCCCAUUCUCCUCAAAUGGAAAGCCGCUCAUCUGCGUCGCAUCACCGGCGAUUCGCGCUACGUAGCCGAAGUUGAAAUCCGCGCCGACCCAUUCCAAACGCGAUUACUCAAAGCCUUAUAUCGACCCUGUCUUCUCAUCACACGCGAACCCAUCGUGAUGCUCUUCGCUCUCUAUCUCACCGUCGUAUACAUUAUCCUCUUCACUUUCCUCGACGGAUACACGUAUAUUUUUGGGGAAACGUAUAAUUUCAGCGAAGGGCUCACCGGACUCGCAUUCCUGGGUAUUGCGAUCGGACUGUGUUUCGCGACCUGUCUCGUUCCGCUGAUUCAUCACUGGGCGAAAAGGGAUCUAGAAGCUCUCCGCGCGAUUCAUGGAGAGAAAGCGAAAUUGCCCCCGGAAAAAAGACUCUGGUUUGCGAUGUUCGGAGCGCCGUUUAUACCGAUCUCGCUUUUCUGGAUGGGGUGGACGAAUUAUCCUUCGAUUUCUCCAUGGUCUGGUCUGGUCGCUUUGCUCUUUUUCGGAUUCGGGAUUCUGUGUAUCUUCAUAAGUACGUAUCAGUAUAUCAUUGAUUCGUAUGAAAUGUACGCGGCGUCUGCAUUGGCGAGUUUGACGCUUGUGAGAUAUGUGGCGGCGGGGGGAAUGGUGGAGGUGGGAAUUCCGUUCUAUGAGAAUCUGGGCGUGCAGUGGACGCUGACGGUGCUGGGGGGGAUAAGCGCGGUGAUGGUGCCGGUGCCGUAUUUGUUUUAUGUUUAUGGGGAGAAAGUGAGGGGGUGGAGCCGUUUUGCUGCGACGCAUUAG